AUGAGCAUGGAACCAUCUUGGAUCGUGCCUUGCGACUCGGGUUGGUCCAUGGAAGAAGCAGCAGCUGCGUGGAGUAGUGAAGAUAGGAUUAGCUUCCAAACAUCCUUGCCUAGCCAUAGUGAUAGCGUGCAGCUGCAGAUGGUUGAGUAUGCAUCCCCAUCCCUAGCCCCAGCUACACACGAUAACGACAGUAGUUAUCCGAUCCAGGUGUUCGAGGAAGCAGUGGAACCGUUCCGUGCUGACUACUCGGACAGCAUGGAAUGGAAGAUGCACAAGGUCCCUCCAAGCCUGAUAGAUGUCUUCCCACGGUACAAGGAGCCGUUGACUGUGGCCAUCGGCCCUUACCACCACGGUGCUCAUCCCGGCUUGCUGGAGGCGGAGAGGAUGAAGCAUGUGGCUGCCACCCAAUGCAUGAGGGAGUCGACCCGCUCACUCCAGGAGAUGUACAAUGCGGUCUUCUUCGUGUUACCUGACGCCCGCAACCUCUACCACCAGGACAAUCCGGCAAAAUUCCGCGACGACAACUUCCUGCCGAUGAUGUUCCUUGAUGCCUGCUUCUUGGUGCAGUACAUGCGUUGGUAUUAUGUCAACGACGACGACAUGGAUGAGGCGCUGAACAACUAUUUCUUCGCCAACUACGAGCACAUCUGCACCGACAUCAUGAAGCUUGAGAACCAGAUCCCUUGGGUGGUGGUUCAAGCCAUCUUCCACUUCAUGCCGGCUGCGCCCGCCUCGCCCUGGCCCUGGGAGGACUUCGUCAUUGCGAUGAGAAGAGGCCUGAAAAACCAAACGGAUGACAGAAAGAGCAAGGAGGACGGCAUCGUCGUAGUUCCUGAAUAUAAACCACCGCAUCUCCUCGGCCUCGUCUGGUUCUACGUCGUGGGAAAAGACGAGAAGGACGAGCUCCCCCUUGGAAACAGGCCCAUAUCAUUAUCUAUGAGCGUCGCAGAGCUUGACGCUGUAGGCAUCACGUUCAAACCCGAGGCGGAAACAGAAGAAGGGCUAGUAGACAUGGGCCUCCACAGUAAACCACCCUUCUUUGGCGUUCUCUCCGUGCCUCCCCUGUGCCUAACCGACAGAAAUGCGACCUGGCUCGUCAACAUGGCGGCCUUCGAGUUAUGCAGGGCCUCAGAUUUCGAUGAUAUUGCUGACAAAAAUUCCGAUGUCUGCUCCUACCUCCAACUCUUCGUCAUGCUGCUGGACCAGGAGAGGCACGUGCAUGACCUGCGAGCAAAAGGUGUCAUCCAAGGAGGAGGACUCACCAGCAAGGAGACGCUCGAGUUCUUCACUCUCAUUGGCAAGAACAUGCGCUAUGAGGAGGUCAUUUGGGCUCAGGUCGUACCUCUACAUUAUCAAGCACUGGACUAA